ACAGGUGAGGUUUUUUUUUCAAGCUGGAUAGGAGGCCAAGAAGGAAGCAUGCGAGAAAAGAAAGCCAAGAAGAGGCCAUGAAAAAUGAGACACAAACACAAGGAGAAAGAAACAAGAAAAACAGACCAAGGAGAGAGACAAUUGGAUAAAACACAGAGGACCCAAGAAAACAACUGAGAAGGAGAAAGGUACAAGAAGAAGACAAGCAAAGGAAGGAUUGCACAAAGGCGCCAAAGAGACAGAUGCAGGAUACAAGAAAAAGCUGAGAAGGAGGAGACGAGGAAAACAAACCAAGAAGUAAAAGGGUCAAAGAGAAGAAUCUGUGGAAGGAGACAGCGUGAAACAUGUUAAGGAUGAGAGAAGAAAAUGAAAAAGAGCUACAGAGGGUAGAAGGAGACAAGUGGGCAAAUUCAGAAAAAAUAAAGCCAAGGGCGCAAAAAAAGGCGAAAAGAGCAGAAGACAUGGAUAGGAGGCCGAGGAAACACUAAGGAGCGAAGUAGGACACAAGGAUACGGAGACAAUCAGAAGGAGACGAAGCAUUAGAAGACAGAAGUACACGGGGAAAGGUGCCAGAGAGACAGAAGAGACAAGGGAAUGAGGCCAGGAAUCAAGGGGACAAGUACACAAGCAACGGGAGACAAGGAGCGAAGGCAGGAAGGAAGGAGCUUAGGAGACAAACAGAACGAUCCGUGGAAAAGGACGGAAGUUAGUUCACACUCUAUGUGAGACUCCGCUUUAUACUUAAAAACAUAUAGAAAAACAACUCUAUUCUUAAUUCUAUAUGUAUACGUGUGUACUUGUGUGUAAUUAAUAAAUGUAGUCCUUAUUCUAUUAGUUUUUAAGUGUGCAGUAGACUUGAGUCGUCGUUGAAAAAAUGUGGCCAGCCAACACGGAAGAGCGCGCUUUGAUUAGCAGACGUGUCAGCCAAUCGUUAUCUGAUACUCGACCAAUGAGCGUGGAGGAGGCGGGGCCUGACGGAGAGUCCUGUUUGCGAGCUGUGUUGUCAGGACGAAGGUGCAGAUAUGUCCUACAUCGGAGCCGCCCGUGCAGCAGCAAGUGUUGCCAUGGACAAUAUAACUGCCACUGACAGCACGGCGACAUGCAGCCUGAAUCUGACGGAGACGGACGCCUUCAGAAGUGAGACACUUUUGGACCCCGACCAGGAGUACAAGAUGGACUAUAACCGUCGAGGCCUGGCGGUCAUCUUCAACCAGGAGCGCUUCUUCUGGCGUCUGGGCAUGAACGACAGAUACGGAACCAACACAGACCGUGACAACUUAGAAAGGAGGCUGAGGGCGCUAAACUUUGAGGUGAAGGUUUAUGAUAACUACAAAAAUGAGGAAGUCUUGGAGAGAAUCCAUGAAGCUGCCGAGGCCAACCACUCGGACGCAGACUGCUUUGUGCUCAUCUUCCUGAGCCAUGGUGAGAACGAGCACGUGUACACGUAUGACGGCAAGAUCAGCAUCCAGCACAUCACGUCGCUCUUCAAAGGAGACAAGUGCAGAAGCCUGGUCGGGAAGCCGAAGAUCUUCGUGUUGCAGGCGUGCCGCGGAGACAAGCACGACGACCCCUGUGACGCAGUGGACAGCGAAAUCAAGACGAACGAGGUGAUGGUGGACGCCAGUGCCGUCCACACUCUCCCGGCUGGAGCAGACUUCAUCAUGUGCUACUCUGUGGCGGAAGGUUACUACUCCCACCGGGAGACCAUAAACGGCUCGUGGUACAUUCAGGACCUCUGCGAGCUGCUGAAGAAGUACGGAGAUUCUCUGGAAUUCACGGAACUCCUCACGCUGGUCAACCGCAAAGUGUCGAUGAGGACCGUUUUCAACAGUAAGCUAAGGGAGGCCAUUGGGAAGAAGCAGGUACCGUGCUUCGCCUCCAUGCUCACAAAGAAGCUCUACUUCCGCCCCAAAAAGUAACCUCCCUUGACUUCUUAUGUUGCACCUGAACGCUACACAGUUGAAGAGUUGGUUAGUUAACAUGAGAAUAACAAGAAUCGCUUACGUUGGAAUAAUUAUUGAUAAUCGGAAUGCAGCAGCAGUUCAAAUAAAAUCAACAGGUUUCCCCAGUGAUUCAUAGUUGGUUACUAGUGUGCGAAUUUGCGCUAACUUUACCAGUCAAAUAUUGAGCCUUUUGUCCCUUGAGGGCCACCGUAGUUCUUUCUUGUUAGAGAGUCAGCAAGUGCACUGUUUACAUACACAGUGUAAUUAUUGUGGUUCUAUGCUCAAAGCUAACUAUGGCCAUGACAAAAAGGGACAGUUAAACUGGUAGGGGCAGGGGAUGACACCAAGUAAGCACAGGGGCACCUCGAUUUGUUUGUAGGCUGCUUUGUUUGGGCACUCAAUUUCGUGGACCGAUACAGUACAGGGCAAACUAACUUGUUUGUUAGGUGCCAUCUUGUAGAAAAAUUGGGACAGUUUAUGAAAACAAACGCAAAAUCUUAGCAAAAAUUGAUGAUGAAAACCAAAUCAUAUGAAAACUGAGGUUUAGCUGUAUCGGAGUACUACUGCUAUGUAUGUAUGUGUGUAUGUGUGUGUGUAUGUAUGUAUGUAUGUAUGUAUGUAUCGACCCUGCUAUAUCACUGGUCACAAUGCUACAGGUUGUCUUUAUUAAAAAAUACUGAUAUGAGCAUCACAAGCAUACCAUAAAUGCUCUAAUUAUAGCCGGGGCGUUAAUUCGAAGCAGGUGAUAAUUGGAGAGCGGCUGUUGUGCGCAAAUCAUGUUGUGUGUAUAAUGACUUCAUUUUUAAAAUUUGAAUAAUGAUUCAAAUAAUGAGUGCAUGACAAACAUAGCUCUCGCUGACCACAUGGCAACCAAUGUUGUAAAAGCAGGAAGUAGCUAACUACCCAGCCAGCAAGAUGAGUUGAUUGUAAACAGCAAGGCGAGUGUAAAGACGCAUGGCUUUCACACCAACAGCUGAGUAGCCCAACCAACAUUUUAAAGCGCAUGUAGAGGUAGAUGAAGCGACUAGAUGCUGAACGCUCAUGAUACUUCAAAUGCAGCUGCUCCCAUCUUGCGCCACAGCUGUUAAUGACAAAAUGUUGUUGACCCUGUGCUAACUACAGACCCCGGCGGUUAUUUGCUUUUGUAGACUGCGUCCCUAGUGAUGAUAGGAGGCAUUAUUAUGGGAAGAUGCAUCUUAAAUAGUCUGUACUAAAUGACUUCAAAUAAGCAACAUAAUCUACCAGCACAACUAAUUGGGUGUUAGAUAUACUGUAGCUGUUCUUUUUUGCUUACUGGGGACCACAUCUUAUUACGUUUCUUCUUCAACUUCCCACGUUCACGUCUUGUUUACUUUACGGGCCUCUGUAAUAGUAGUCUUUUUUUUUCUCCUUUCUUAAAGUCUUCAUUCCGGACAACUCAGCGACCGCAUCCACAUGCUGUUUGUCUACCAAGAAAGGGAAUUCAUAUAUUUGUGCGUGCAUGAUGUGUCAGAACUUUCAUUCCAAACAGCAAAUUGGGAUUUUACACCCAAAAAAAAAAGUACCUCAGGGAGUAUGGGUGUGUAUGUGUGUGUUUUUGUUUUUUAACUUUUGUACUUGUGUGGACAUAAAGUAACUUAGUCACACGAUCUAUGACUCAGGAAGAACAGAGCGACCUUGAUCCUGCCUUACUUGUUUGUUCAGUGUGAGAACGUCUGUGUUUCAAUGCACAGAUUUAAAACAGCACAGAAGGCAAUUCAGCAAAUGACUUUUAUUUCAAUAGUCCACUUUUUGUUUCCUCCCUCCCCCCACAAAAUGUUAUUCCUCAUUAAAAAUGCAUCAUUAUGAAAAUAAAGGGUGUGUUUUGGCUCUGGUC